UGCAUAUUUUUUUAGAUAACAAAAACAGUUAACACUAAGGAAGUUUCCUAGUCCACCAAGGAGAGUAAACCAAAUAGGAAAGGUAAGAAGAAAGGGUAAAAUAGUCCGAAAAAAUGGAUUUGGAUGAUUUUAAGUAAUUUUGGAGCGAUAAUUAACAAACCCUUGAUUCCUAGAACCUAUUUAUAGUUUCAUACUAAGAAAGAUCAAACAGAAAAAGGCAAAGCAUGAUGUGUUGUAUGAAUUUAUCAGACUUACCUGAGGGAUGUCUUUCACAUAUCCUAUCGUUGACGUCGCCGAGUGAUGUCCUCCGAUCAUCGGCUGUUUCGAAGCAGUUUUUAUCAGCCUCUCUUUCCGAUAAUGUUUGGGAGAAGUUUCUGCCGUCUGAUUGCGAUCACAUCAUCAGUCAAUCAUCUACACCACUUGAUCACCAAAAUUUUGCUACCAAGAAAGACCUCUUUUUCCAUCUCUGCCGCUCUCCUAUACUCUUCAACAAUAACACUCAGAGCUUUGGCUUGGACAAAUGGAGUGGAAAGAGAUGCUACAUGCUUGGUGCCAGGACACUCAAGAUUGCUUGGAUAGACAACUCUCAAUACUGGACCUGGCAAACCGAACUUGAAUCGAGGUUCCCAGAGGUUGCUGAGCUCCAGAGCGUGUGCUGGUUAGACAUAAAAGGCACAAUACACACCAAACUUCUAUCGUCAAAUACAACUUAUGGCGCGUAUUUUGUGUUCAAGAAGAUUGAUAACUAUUCUAAUGGAUUUUUGUAUACACCAGUGAAGACAUAUGUGUUAGAGAUUGAUGAGCAAGGAUCAUUGCCUGGAGACGAUAAUGACAAUCAUGGUGUCAUUGUUAACAGAUUCUACCUCGAGGCCUCAGAAGAUACGAGUUUAUUGAGAAGGCUCGAAGAGCUUCCGGUUGAAAGAGAUGAUGGAUGGAUGGAGAUAGAAAUGGGCAGGUGCGAUGUUAAGGCUACCACCGAUCAAACAAUGGUAUUGGAGAUGAAAUUGGAGGAGAUUGAACAUCUAAAUUGGAAGCAAGGUAUUGUUGUUCAAGGCAUUGAACUCCGUCCUUUGAACUGAUGAUAUUCACUUAUCCUCAAUUCUAUUUUCAUUACUAGUGGACACUUCAAUGCAUUACAAACUAGGAAAUAAGAAUAUUUGCUUUAUGUUUGUGUUACUCUUAUUUCUUACUACUGAUCAAUUCCUCGUUGUAGUUUUCUUUGUCAACAAUACAAAGCAAUACGUUUAAGAUUCUAUAUUUGUUCACUUUUACAAAUGCAAUAAUAGUUAGAGAGACAAUUUCUAGUCGA